AUGACUCAGAGAAAGAUCGCUGGUGUUCUAGGUGCAACCGGUUCUGUCGGUCAACGGUUCAUCCUGUUGCUGUCGAAUCACCCAACUUUUGAGUUGAAAGUGCUGGGGGCCUCUUCACGAUCUGCAGGGAAGAAGUACGUCGAUGCUACCAACUGGAAACAGACGGAUUUGAUGCCCGUGUCCGCUGAAAACAUCAUCGUCAGCGAGUGUUCCGCAGAGGCUUUCAAGGACUGUGACAUCGUCUUCUCAGGGUUGGACGCGGAUUACGCUGGGCCCAUAGAGAAAGAGUUCAGAGAGGCCGGGCUUGCUGUCGUUUCUAACGCUAAGAACUACAGAAGGGAACCCGAGGUGCCACUAGUUGUGCCCAUCGUCAACCCUGAACAUUUGGAGAUCGUGGAGACCGCCGUCAGCAAAGCCAAAGCGGAGGGUAAGGCGAAACCCGGGUUCAUUGUGUGCAUUUCAAACUGUUCCACUGCAGGGCUUGUUGCCCCAUUGAAACCAUUGGUUGACAAGUUCGGGCCCAUCGACAUGUUGACUACAACUACGUUGCAAGCCAUCUCAGGUGCAGGGUUCUCCCCUGGUGUCCCCGGGAUUGACAUCUUGGACAACGUCAUCCCAUACAUCGGUGGUGAGGAGGACAAGAUGGAGUGGGAGACCAAGAAGAUCUUGGGCCCACUCGCAGAGGACAAGUCUCACGUCCAACUGUUGACCCCAGACGAGAUCAAAGUAUCCGCACAGUGUAACAGAGUCGCUGUUUCUGACGGGCACACCGAGUGCAUCUCGCUGAGGUUCAAGAACAGACCAGCCCCAUCCGUCGAAGACGUCAAACAGACGCUGAGAGACUACGUCUGUGACGCCUACAAAUUGGGCUGCCACUCUGCUCCAAAGCAGACCAUCCACGUCUUGGACCAAAACGACAGACCUCAACCAAGACUGGACAGAAACAGAGACGCAGGGUACGGUGUUUCCGUUGGCAGAAUCAGAGAGGACCCUGUGCUGGACUUCAAGAUGGUCGUGCUCUCGCACAACACCAUCAUCGGUGCUGCCGGGUCCGGUGUCUUGAUCGCUGAGAUCUUGGCCGCCAAGAACAUCAUUUGA